UAUGAAGCAAGCUGUCAGUAAUGUACGCAGAUUGUCUGCUGUUCGGCAAACCAAAUCUUGUGGAGACUUGCCCAAUUUGGUGAAUUUGGAGGACGACAAUUCUUAUGGUACGGAACAGAUUUUAAAACCUCUGACUGAUAACUUAAAACACUUUUUAGGUGAAUAUGAGGACAAGGAGAACGGGACAACUAAGAACUAUUCAAGUAGUUGUUCAAACGAUGCAGACGUGUCUUCAUCUUGUGAAGAAGAGGAGGACGGCUCUUUCUAUUCUACUUGUAGCUGGGAUAGUUAUGAUCAAUCUUCUUGCUCUGAAUCUUUUUCUUAUUCGUUUUAUUUGGACUUCACAAGAUGA